UUCAUUUCUCGAAUGCAAAGGGCUUGACCUGAUUCAUGUCUCAAGCUUGCCAGAGUUCUCCAACUGUGGAAAUAUUAAUUCAAUCUCUCUGUACGCAUCCACGGACCAAGACUUGAGUACCAUGACGGGAGGAAGAAGCAGACAGAGGUCUCACUCCUAUUACAGCCCAGAGGAUUGCAAGAAUUACGGUGUGCAGACACAGACUGAGGACAUUUUCCAGAGACCUCGUUCCAGGUCUUUUUACAGUUAUGAAACAUCGGAGCCUUGCUCCGACAACGAUUUUGAAAGCGUGACCACGACUAGUGCACUGAAGCACAAAGCGGUCACCAUACAACAUCCUGUAAGCAAAAACGAAAAGUCCAAUUCUAAACUCAAUAAGCACUCACUCUCGAGAGAUCUUAAUGGUAGCAAAGGUAGUCUGAAGUCUGUGUCCAUGAUGACUAUCUCAGAGUCUGACAACUGGGAGAUCUGCUCCAGCUCUGGGAUGAAAUAUGGCCAGUUUGUGGACUGGGAGAAAAUCGAUCCGGAAGCUGCGGCUCGGUACCAGCAGAUACUUGAGAGCGAGCACCCCCAGUUGAAGGCCAUGGGCCGACGAGGAUUCUGGGCGAUUCUUCAUACACUGAGAGCAAAGGCUUACUAUCACAUCAUUCACGGCAUCCAUUCCAGGUGUGUCACGCCUGAAAGAGAUGUCUACUAUGAACUGUGCAAAAAGCUCUUUGGAGAACAAAAACUCAGCAACCACCCAGUUCCAGAGUACAUGGAGGCUGGAGAAAUACCAAGGUACUGUCUCAACAAAGCGGGUCUGAAUUCUGUGAAAAAGAUUCUUCUCUGCCUGGGGAGAUAUUUCCCAGACAUGAACUUCUGCCCCAUCCUUCCUGCUUUGGUCUCACUCAUCUUACACUUCAGCCAGGAUGAGGCCGAAUGCUUCUACAGCGUAUCCAGACUGAUCUGCUACAACGACCCGAACAAGCGUUACAUUGAUCAGACCUUCCUCACAUACCGAGCCUCGUGCAUGACCUUCGGAGACCUUGCAAACAGAUGUUGCCGGGGCAUCCGGAAGCUGAUUGCCAGCUCUCACCAGAACCUUUUCGAGUUCUAUUCUGACUGGAUCAUGUGGAUCUUUGCUGAUCUUCCAUUUACAUAUGCUAUCAGAGUACUGGAUGUCUACUUGUUGGAGGGCUACAAGGUUCUUUACAGGGUGGCAUUGACUUUGCUCAGCCUCUACAAAGUCUCUGUGUCAUCUCGAGUUGCAGACGUAGAGGAUUUCCGCACGGAUAUGAAACGGUUCGUGCAGAAUGUAAAUCGCCACUGCACGGCUGAGAAUCUUCUGGAACGAGCUUUCAUGGUUCCAAUUGCGACAAGGAGGGAGCUCAAUCUCCUGUUCAAAGCCAAUAAGGUCUCCCUCAUGCAAAAAGGGGUCAGCAUUCACCAGAAAAGGCAGUCAGUGGAUACAGUGGACUUCAACAACCUGAGCUCUGGUGUGGUGACAGGGACUGAGAUGUCAGUGGUCUGGGCCUGGAUACCAGAACGCUUUGCCCUUUUCAGUCCCAUUAAGCUCUUUAGCAAAACGGAAAACGGAGGAAGUCUCGCAUCAUUCUACUCUUACGUGGAGGGACAUGAACCUGCAGUGUUGAUCAUCAAAACUGUGGAUGAAGAGGUCUUUGGUGCCUUCAUUUCAACGGAUAUGACAGAAAGGCACAAAUAUGACUCAAAUAAACUCACAUUUUUUGGAACCUGUGAAUGUUUCGUUUUUACGCUCCGUCCCAGCAUGGAGCGCUACCAGCGAGCCAUGGUCAACAUCAUGACCAGGAAAGUGUCCCCUCAGCAGUCUCAGGACAUCCCCCCGACUCUCACAUGUCCAGCCGGGACGCCCCAGGACCCCAGCUUCUUGACAGUUCCUUUCACCGCCCCCUCUGAGGAACCGAUGACCACUAAAGAGCCGAAGAGAUCCAAGGAACAAGAAGCCUCCAAGUUCAUAGCAGGCAGUAGCAAGCGCCUCCUUGUCGGUGGAGACGGAGGCCACGCUAUCUGCCUUCAAGAAGACUUGGAGGGAGGAUUCACAGAACAUUGUGACACAUUCAAGAGUACGCCGCUCUGCAAAGGACAUUUUAAGAUCCAGUCCCUGGAAGUGUGGGGAAUCCAGAACUCUAUUUCUUUUUCUCAUUGUUUUUCAUCCCAGCAAAAUGUCUGAAAAAAAUACAUCACUUUUUGACUUUUA